AGCAUUGAUUGAUGAAUGUGAUGAAAGAAAAAGAAGUGGCAAUUUGCAAGUGGGACCAAAACCAAAGGGAGGAGUAGCAUUCGAAUUCCCCGAAACAAGGGCUUAUCUUGCCACGUGUCAGCAUCGCAGCCCCCAAUCAAAUCAUAGCAUUGAGCUCUCAAUUCUCAUCCACCCUCAGAGGAAUUAAUAACAAACACCCGGUAAUCUGUUUCUGCAAAUUCGCCACUUGCAAUCUAAAAGUUCCAAACUUUCCCUUGCAAUCCAUGGUUAAAUACUAACCCUGGUUUGUUUUCACCCUUCACUUUGUCCUUAUUUUCUCUCUUUGCAAAAGGGGUGUCACAUCUCUCUCCUCAUUCGGGUGGUGGCAUUUUCAUUUUCAUUUUCAAGUUUUCAAGUUUUUUUCUUUUCUUUUCUUUGUUGUUGGUUCUCUAUGUCAGUUUUGCGUUGUGUGCUUGGGUUGUAUGCUGGUUGGUGUUCCAAUUCACUCUCAGAUUUCUUGGUUCUUGGCUUCAGAACGCCAUGGCUGCCAAGAAGGCUUUUGAGUCAUUUUCAAAAUCUUUGAUGGACGAAGUGCAUAAAUGGGGUUGUUUGAAGCAGACAGGGGUUAGUUUGAGGUACAUGAUGGAAUUUGGGUCCAAACCCACGGAUAAGAAUCUUCUGAUUUCUGCUCAGUUUCUUCACAAGGAGCUUGCCAUUAGAAUUGCUAGGAGAGCUAUUGAGCUUGAGCAUCUUCCCUAUGGUUUGUCUCAUAAACCUGCUAUUUUGAAGGUUAGGGAUUGGUAUGUGGAUUCUUUCCGUGAUCUCAGAUCCUUCCCCGAUAUCAAGAAUAUGAAUGAUGAAAGAGAGUUCACUGAAAUGAUCAAGGCCAUCAAAGUGAGACACAACAAUGUGGUACCUACAAUGGCCUUGGGGGUUCAGCAGUUGAAGAAAGGUAUGGACCCUAAGAUUGUCUAUGAAGAUCUUGACGAGAUUCAUCAGUUCCUUGAUCGCUUUUACAUGUCAAGAAUUGGAAUCCGCAUGCUUAUCGGGCAGCAUGUUGAGUUGCACAAUCCCAAUCCUCCUCCCCACGUUGUUGGUUAUAUACAUACAAAAAUGUCUCCUUUGGAGGUGGCAAGGAAUGCCAGUGAAGAUGCACGUGCUAUAUGUUGUCGUGAAUAUGGCAGUGCUCCUAAUGUCGAUAUAUACGGAGAUCCUGAUUUUACUUUUCCUUAUGUUCCAGCUCACUUGCAUCUUAUGGUGUUUGAGUUGGUUAAGAACUCACUCCGUGCUGUCCAAGAGCGUUAUAUGGAUUCUGACAAAGUUUCGCCUCCUGUUAAAAUAAUAAUUGCUGAUGGAGUAGAGGAUGUUACCAUAAAGGUCUCAGAUGAGGGAGGUGGAAUACCAAGAAGUGGUCUAUCAAAGAUUUUUACAUAUCUAUAUAGUACAGCCAGAAACCCAUUGGAUGAGCAUUCAGAUCUUGGAACAGCUGAUAAUGUGACAAUGGCUGGAUAUGGAUAUGGGCUUCCUAUUAGCCGCCAAUAUGCUCGAUAUUUUGGAGGUGAUCUCCAAGUAAUCUCUAUGGAAGGAUAUGGGACUGAUGCAUAUCUCCAUUUGUCUCGUUUGGGAGAUUCACAAGAACCUUUGCCCUGAAAGUACUUCUCAGUCGCACUCAAGAGUUACCAUAAGUAACUUCAAGUAGUAUGGUGCUAGGAAAAUUACCAUUGUUGUUAGUGUCAAAAUGGACUAUUUGCCGUCAAUAUUUCAUAUUCUAAUAAUUUCACAAAUUUCUUGUAAAUAUGUCAAUACUUAAUAUUGUGCAUGGUGUUGGUCCCUUUGCCGUCGGAUCCAGCUUCGAGAAUUUGUCCCUUUUUAUGGUCCUUUUUUCUUUCAAAAUUUGAUGCAUUGGAGAUAGUUAAAGGUGGAGAUAAUCCCACAUGAUUUUUAAACAAAUAAGGUCAUGCAACUAUUUC